AGUUGGCAGGCGGAGGAGGAGCUGUCGCUGGUAGCCGCCUCACAGCGAUGGCGGCUGAGCAGGGCCGGCGGCGGUGGCGGCUGCGGCUACGGCCGGACUCGGCAGCGGUGUCAGUAGCGGUGGGCGGCGGGGGCCUGUGACCGGGAACCACCCCCGGACCCGGGCACCAUGAGCCAAGGCCCCCCCCCAGGGGAGAGCAGCGAGCCCGAAGCUAAGGUCCUCCACACGAAGCGGCUCUACCGGGCUGUGGUGGAGGCGGUGCAUCGACUUGACCUCAUCCUUUGCAACAAAACUGCUUAUCAAGAAGUGUUCAAACCAGAGAACAUUAGCCUGAGGAACAAGCUGCGUGAGCUCUGCGUCAAGCUUAUGUUCCUGCACCCGGUAGACUACGGUAGGAAGGCUGAAGAGCUGCUGUGGAGAAAGGUGUACUACGAAGUUAUCCAGCUUAUCAAGACAAACAAGAAGCAUAUCCACAGCCGGAGCACCUUGGAAUGUGCCUACAGGACACACCUGGUUGCUGGUAUUGGAUUCUACCAGCACCUCCUUCUCUAUAUCCAGUCCCACUACCAGCUGGAGCUGCAGUGCUGCAUUGACUGGACCCACGUCACAGAUCCCCUCAUAGGAUGCAAGAAGCCAGUGUCUGCCACUGGGAAGGAGAUGGACUGGGCACAGAUGGCCUGCCACCGGUGUCUGGUGUACCUGGGGGAUUUGUCACGAUAUCAGAAUGAAUUAGCUGGCGUAGACACCGAGCUGUUAGCUGAGAGAUUUUACUACCAAGCCCUGUCAGUUGCUCCCCAGAUUGGAAUGCCCUUCAACCAGCUGGGCACCCUUGCAGGCAGCAAGUACUAUAACGUGGAAGCCAUGUAUUGUUACCUGCGCUGCAUCCAGUCGGAAGUGUCCUUCGAGGGGGCCUACGGGAACCUCAAGAGGCUAUACGAUAAAGCGGCCAGGAUGUACCACCAGCUGAAGAAGUGUGAGGCGCGGAGGCUUUCGCCCAGCAGGAAGCGAUGUAAAGACAUUAAGAGGUUGCUGGUGAACUUUAUGUAUCUGCAGAGUCUGCUGCAGCCCAAAAGCAGCUCCGUGGACUCUGAGCUGACCGCGCUCUGCCAGUCUGUCCUGGAAGACUUCAACCUCUGUCUCUUCUACCUGCCCUCCUCCCCCAGCCUCAGCCUGGCCAGCGAGGAGGAGGAGGAGUAUGAGAGUGGCUAUGCUUUCCUCCCUGACCUCCUCAUCUUCCAGAUGCUCGUCAUCUGCCUCAUGGGUGUGCACAGCCUCAAGAGAGCAGGAUCCAAGCAGUACAGCGCAGCCAUUGCCUUCACCCUGGCCCUCUUCUCCCACCUCGUCAAUCACGUCAACAUCCGACUGCAGGCGGAGCUGGAGGAGGGCGAGAACCCGGUGCCAGCGUUCCAGAGUGAUGGCACAGAUGAAGCUGAGUCCAGGGAGCCCUUAGAGAAGGAGGAGGAGCUGGGGCCUGAGCCACCGCCUGAGGCCCCUUCAGAGGGGGAGGGCCGGAAGGGACGCAAGUUCUCACGCCUCUCCUGCCUCCGCCGCCGCCGCCAUCCACCCAAAGCUGGCGAUGACAGUGACCUGAGUGAAGGCUUCGAGUCAGACUCCAGCCCUGACUCGGCGCGGGCCAGUGAGGGCUCUGACAGUGGCUCCGACAAGAGUCUCGAAGGCGGGGGAACAGCCUUUGAUGCCGAGACAGACUCGGAAAUGAACAGCCAGGAGUCGCGGUCAGACCUGGAAGACAUGGAGGAUGAAGAGGGAACACGGUCCCCAGCCUCAGAGCCCCCUCGGGCUCGGUCUGAGGCCCCUGAGACCCUCAAUGGCCCCCUGGCGCCCAGUGAGGCGAGCCUGGCCAGCAACCUACAAGCCAUGUCCACCCAGAUGUUCCAGACCAAGCGCUGCUUCCGCUUGGCGCCCACCUUCAGCAACCUGCUUCUCCAGCCCACCCCUGAGCCUCAGCCCGCAGACGGCCACAAGCCCUGUGUCAAUGGGGACGUGGACAAGCCCUCGGAGCCAGCCUCUGAGGAGGGCUCGGAGUCGGAGGGGAGUGAGUCGAGUGGGCGCUCCUGUCGGAACGAGCGCAGCAUCCAGGAGAAGCUGCAGGUGCUAGUGGCCGAGGGCCUGCUCCCCGCCGUGAAAGUUUUCCUGGACUGGCUGCGGACCAACCCGGACCUCAUUGUCGUGUGUGCACAGAGCUCGCAGAGUCUGUGGAACCGCCUGUCUGUGCUGCUGAACCUACUGCCGGCUGCUGGGGAACUCCAGGAGUCAGGCCUGACCCUGUGUCCCGAGGUCCAGGAUCUUCUGGCAGGUUGUGAACUGCCUGACCUCACCUCUAGCCUGCUGCUCCCGGAGGACCUGGCACUGCGCAACCUGCCUCCCCUCCGGGCUGCCCACAGGCGCUUCCACUUCGACAGAGACCGGCCCCUGCUCAGCGCUUUGGAGGAGUCAGUCGUGCGAAUCUGCUGCAUCCGCAGCUUUGGCCAUUUCGUCGCCCGCCUGCAAGGCAGCAUCCUGCAGUUUAGCCCGGAAGUGGGCAUCUUCGUCAGCACUGGCCCGUCGGAGCAGGAGACCCUGUUGCAGCAGGCCCAGGCCCAGUUCCGCAUGGCACAGGAGGAAGCUCGGCGGAACAGGCUGAUGCGGGACAUGGCUCAGCUGCGGCUCCAGCUCGAAGUCUCUCAGCUAGAAGGGAGCCUGCAGCAGCCCAAGGCCCAGACAGCGAUGUCUCCCUACCUCGUCCCUGACACCCAGGCCCUCUGCCACCAUCUGCCUAUCAUCCGCCAGCUGGCCACCAGCGGCCGCUUCAUUGUCAUCAUUCCGAGGACAGUGAUUGAUGGUCUGGAUUUGCUCAAGAAGGAGCACCCGGGGGCCCGAGAUGGGAUCCGCUACCUGGAGGCUGAGUUUAAGAAGGGAAACAGGUACAUUCGUUGCCAAAAAGAGGUGGGGAAGAGCUUUGAGCGGCAUAAACUGAAGAGGCAGGAUGCAGACGCCUGGGCUCUCUAUAAGAUCCUGGACAGUUGUAAGCAGCUGACUCUGGCCCAGGGAGCAGGUGAGGAGGACCCGAGUGGCAUGGUGACCAUUGUCACAGGCCUUCCACUGGACAACCCCAGCGCACUCUCAGGCCCCAUGCAGGCUGCCCUGCAGGCCGCUGCACAUGCCAGUGUGGACAUCAAGAACGUUCUGGACUUGUACAAGCAGUGGAAGGAGAUGGGCUGAGACUGACCCCCAGGCCCUGCCGUGGGGCUGACUCCAGACCUCUCCUGCCCUUCUGGCAGCCAGGACACCACCGUCGUCACCCCCACACGCAGACUCGGCACGCGCAGGCGGGGAGGGCGCAGGAGCAUGGGGAGGGCGGGGCCCGCUGCCAGGACGCAGGAAAGAGGAAAGUGCUCAAGCAAGUGGCCAGCCUCCUGCCCCCACUCCCCUGCUGUCCCGCAGCAGGAGGGGGCCCAGGGCCCAGAGGAUGGGCCCUUGUCACCCAGGAGGUGGGUGGGGCCAGGCACAGAGCCUCUGGGCCCCGGGAGAGUCCACUAGGAGUCCGGGGCUCCUCUACAGCCCCUUCUCCAGGACCCCCGUCUUCCUCACAGCUCCCAGGGAGGGACUGGGCCACUGGAGCCGUGGGGAAUCAGAAGAGGGGCCUGGAGCUGCCCCCCCAGAGUGGGGCCGAGCUUGUCGUGUCUCUUGCUGCGGGCAUCGCCUCAUGUCCUCUGACUGUCAGCAUCCAGACAGGUACAGGCCCCGAGGGUGGGGCAGUCUGGCCUCAAGGGCCUCUAGCCCCAGUCACUGCGUACCCUGGGCUAUUGUGCUGGGCAGAGGAGACGGGGGGCAGUCCCCUUUACUGUCUAGGUGGUAACAGUGGGAGAAGCCAUUGGAAGCUGCCUGAUGGGGGUGUGGGGCUCUGCCCUGAGGUGCGGCCCCACGUCUGCCCUCCCCGGGACAGAGCCUGCAGGGCUGAGCCUGGGACUGGGUUUUGGAAUGCCGAGGUGGGAUAAUGGAGAGCUCAGGGCAGUACAGGAGCGGGCAAGGGGGUGGCCUGGGCCAGGAUUGCCUGGACCCUCCCCACCCGACUGUGGUUGGGGCUCAGCUGUUCCGCCAGCCCAGUGCAAGCCGUGCUCCCCCAAGUGCCCAGAAACGGGCUCCCCACUUCCUUCCUCUGAGGCAGCACGCCUGGGACUCCUGGGGGGCACCACUCCUCGUCCCCGACCCAGACCGAGACUGAAGCAUCAUUAAUAAAGACCUCCCAGAGCCCA